AUGUCAGGAGAGCGCCGCCGCAUGCGUGUCUGCAGCAGCCUUGUCCUGCUGGCCCUCGUGCUCUUCCUGCAAGGCGACAACAUAGGAGCCGAUCCACCAGUCCAGUCGUUGAGAGCGGGAGCACUGCUGUCAGAGCCGCGGGCCAUGAGUCCUUGCUCUUGUGCAUCCGCCAUGGCCAGGAGGGGCGUCCGACCGCUGCAGCUGCGAGGAGGCUCUGCAAACCUGACGGAGGACUCGGAGCUGGACUGGGAGAAGGUGCUGGAAGAGGGUUGGAAGAAGGAAGGGCUGUCGUCGGAAGGAGAGCAGAACCCAAGCAACGAGGUCUUGACGGAGAAAUCGCUGAAUGCAGGGCAGGAGGAUGAGGCAGAGAUGAUGAAGGGUUUUGCGGAGCUAGAGGAAGAGCAUGAGCUUGAGUCGUCGUCAGACCGAAAGUCGAACGACAACUCUUCCCAGUGGGGGGAUCUGCAACUCGAUGAGGACAAUGAGGAAGGGAAGGAGGAGGUGAAGGAGGAGGAGGAGGAGGAGGAGGAGGAGGACUUGGCAGAGCAGAUAGCCAAGGAGAAGAAAGUUGAGAGCGAGGAACAGAUAGAGAAUGAAGAUCAGGUGGAGGACCUUAUCCAGGAGAGGAUCCGUGGCUUUCGAGAUGUGGAUUCUGAGUACGAGCCAGUGGACGAGAUCGUCCCGAAGAAGGGGAAGAAUCAGACGGCACAGAAGGAGUCAGUGUACAUUGAGCUAGGAGGAGGCAAGAUGCAGGAGGUGGACCCCAGGAAGACCUGGAGAGAAGGAAAGAGAGCGGGGGAGGAGUCUGACGCAUUGAAGUCCUCUGUGAGCACUGGGGAGGAGGAGGAGGAGGAGGAUCGAGAGUUCGAGGAUGAUGGGAAUCUGGAUCAUGAGGGCGAGCUCAUGCUCAAGGUCAUAGAGGAUCUCAAGAAGAGGAACUUCUCCCAAGAUGAGUUUGUGGGGCCAGCGAAAACCACCAAACCGCCAAAAAAUAGAACAGAGGAUGGAGGAGAUGAGGAGGGGGAGGAGGAGGAGGAGGAGGAGGAGGAGGACUUGAGCUUUGGAAAGGACGACGAGGUGUACUACGAAUCCGUCAGCGAUGCGCCUGAGGUGGACGAGGAGGCGCUGAAAAAGCUCAAGAUGAUGAAACGGGUGAAGGCCAAGGAGGAGAACGCGGUAGGAGGGGAAGGGGUCCCCUCCUCUAACGUGACGGACCCAGGGGUGGAGGGGAUUGAGAUGGGGGACGCCUACUUUGCUAUGCGGAAUGACAUGCCGGGAUUGUUGCUGGAGCGCGAGUCAGAAUCGGAAGAGGAGCAAGGGACGACAAUGUUUGAUCAGGAGAUCUCGUUGCUGCGCAUGCAGAACAAGAUGAAGCAGGAGCGUGAAGCUGACGAGGAUCCAGAGGUGACCAAGAGGCAAGAGGAGAAGAUGUCGCUGUGGAGGAAAGGAAGCAUAUUCCACUCUUACUACGACAUGGACAGGGCGCUAGAGUACUACGAGAGAGCUCUGAGCUACUGGGAAGAGUUCUCAAAGGAUGACGAGGAAGUGGCUGCCAUGACGUUUGCCAUUGGCACGGUGUACAAGACGAUGUCACAAUGGGAAAAAGCUCGCGAGUACUUCCGACGAUCUCUGACGCUCAAGCGCCGGCUGUGGGGAGACGAGAACCAGAGCACUCAGCUCACUAGCCAGCUGCUGGAAGAAUCAAACCAAGAGGUACAUACGUGGGAGAUCAGCAAGAACAUGUGGGGAUGA